AUGCUAAAGUUCCCCCACAAAGGAAUUUCAUCAAUCAAGAGUAAACCCCGAAUUGGAAUAAUUGCAAUGAGUACCCUAGCAUCUAAGGAAUGGACUGCCAACAAGGUGCGUUCCACGUUUUUCGAUUUCUUUAAAAGCAAAGACCAUACCUAUGUCCCAUCAUCCUCUGUGAUUCCAUACGAUGACCCCACCUUAUUGUUUACAAAUGCCGGUAUGAACCAGUAUAAGCCCAUUUUUUUGGGAACUGUUGACCCUUCGUCUGACUUUGCCACUUUGAAAAGAGCCACCAACUCUCAAAAGUGUAUCCGAGCUGGAGGGAAGCACAACGACCUGGAGGAUGUUGGAAGAGAUUCUUACCAUCACACAUUCUUCGAAAUGCUUGGUAAUUGGUCGUUUGGUGACUAUUUCAAGAAGGAAGCCAUUGGGUACGGCUGGGAACUGUUAACUAAAGUCUAUGGCUUAGAAAAGGAAAGACUUUACGUCAGUUACUUCGGCGGCGAUGCAGGCCUCGGACUGGAACCUGAUUUAGAAGCCAAAGAAUACUGGAAGGCCCUAGGUGUCGCUGAAGAUCACAUUUUGCCUGGGUCUGUUGAAGACAACUUCUGGGAAAUGGGUGACCAAGGCCCCUGUGGUCCAUGUUCAGAGAUACAUUACGACAGAAUCGGCGGAAGAAAUGCAGCUUCUUUGGUGAACCAAGAUGAUCCUGAUGUAUUAGAAAUUUGGAACAUUGUGUUUAUUCAGUUCAACCGUGAAGCAGACGGCUCCUUGAAGCCUCUCCCCUCUAAGCACAUUGACACAGGUAUGGGAUUUGAGAGAUUGGUUUCUAUUCUUCAAAAUGUAAGAUCAAACUAUGACACCGAUGUUUUCGAUCCUCUGUUCACGAAGAUUCAAGAAAUUACUGGUGUAAGGCCCUACUCUGGCCAUUUUGGAAAGGAAGAUAUGGACGGUAUUGACACUGCGUAUCGUGUUUUGGCUGACCACGUUCGUACCCUGACCUUUUCCUUGGCCGAUGGUGGUGUUCCAAACAAUGAGGGUAGAGGCUACGUUUUGCGUCGUAUUUUACGUCGUGGUGCUCGUUAUGCUAGAAAAUAUAUGAACUACCCAAUUGGAAAGUUCUUUUCUCAACUGGCUCCAGCUUUAAUUGAACAAGUAAAAGAGACCUUCCCAGAAGUUGAUAAGAACUUUGACACCAUUGCUGAGAUUUUAGAUGAGGAAGAAGCUUCUUUUUCUAGAACAUUAGACCGUGGUGAGAGAUUGUUCGAACAGUAUGCCAUCAUUGCAUCCAAGACACCAGAACAAACAUUGGCUGGAAGAGACGUAUGGAGGUUGUAUGACACAUACGGAUUUCCUGUUGAUUUGACUAGAUUGAUGGCUGAAGAAACAGGUCUCAAGAUUGAUGACGAAGGCUUUGAGAUUGCAAAAGAAGCUUCAAGAGAAGCAUCUAAAGGUAACGGAAAGACCCAAGGCAAAGAAUUGGUUAAACUUGACGUCCAUGUUUUGGGCGAGCUGGAAAAAAAUUCUGAAGUUCCAAAGACUGAUGACUCUUACAAGUAUGGAACCAAGAACAUUGAGGCUUCUAUCGUUGCCAUUUACAACGGUAAGGAACUGAUUCAGUCGACUUCUGAAGUUGCCGACGACCAACAGUUAGGAAUUCUACUCGACAAGACCCCCUUCUAUGCUGAACAAGGUGGUCAGAUAUACGAUACGGGUAAGAUUGUCAUUGAUGGCGUUGCUGAAUUCAACGUUGAGAACGUACAAUCCUAUGCGGGCUAUGUAUUGCAUACCGGUUAUGUUGAAGAAGGUGUUCUAUCAGUUUCUGACAAAAUCAUUGCUGGCUAUGAUGAACUGCGCCGCUGGCCCAUCAAGAAUAACCAUACUGGUACACAUAUUUUGAAUUUUGCUCUAAGAGACGUCUUAGGUGAUGAUGUUGAACAAAAGGGUUCCCUUGUUGCUCCAGAGAAGCUCCGUUUUGACUUUUCUCACAAAAAAGCUUUGACCCUUAGUGAAUUGCAAAAAGUAGAAGACAUCUCCAACGAAGUGAUCAAGAAGAAUGUACCAGUAUUUGCCAGCGACGUCACGUUAGCCGUCGGUAAGGAGAUCAAUGGUCUGAGAGCUGUUUUUGGUGAAACGUAUCCAGAUCCGGUCCGUGUCGUCUCCAUCGGAGUUCCAGUUGAAGAGCUGGUGAAGAAUCCUUCGAACGCUGAAUGGCACAAUGCUUCUAUUGAGUUUUGUGGAGGUACACAUGUAGCUAAGACUGGUGAUAUCAAGGACUUUGUUAUCAUUGAAGAGAGUGGUAUUGCCAAAGGAAUAAGGCGUAUCGUUGCAGUCACCAGCACUGAGGCUCAUACCGUGCAGCGCAUUGCCAGGGAAAAGAAUGAUCAAUUGGAUGCCAUUGCAAAGAUGAGCUUUGGCGAGGCUAAGGAGAAGAAACUCAAAGAAUUCAACGUUGCACUGGGUAAAUUGCAAAUUUCCGUUCUUGCCAAGAACGACCUAAAGACCAAGUUUACCAACAUUGAGAAGGUUGUCAAGGAUGAGCUGAAGGUUAGACAAAAGGCUGAGAGCAAGAAAACUCUGGACACUGUUAAGGACUAUUUCAAUGAGCAUGAAGACUCGCCCUUUUUUGUCGCUCACGUUCCAGUCUCCAGCAAUGCCAAACUAUUAACUGAAGCAUUCAGUUAUAUCAAGAAAGAAAUUCCAGAUAAAUCGUUGUAUUUAAUUGUCGGUAAUGAAUCUGAACCCAAGAUUGCCCAAGGAUGUUAUGUCUCGGACAAUGCUCUCUCGAAGGGGGUCGUUGCCUCUGAGGUAACUAACGUUGCCUCGGAAUUUAUCGGAGGAAAAGCUGGUGGAAAAGGUAACAUCUGUCAAGGAGUGGGAACCAACCCUGAAGGAAUCAACAAGGCCAUUGAAGCAGUAACGAAGAUCUUAAAGGAGAAACUCAGCAUCUAG